AUGCGCUUUAACGUCCUCGGUGAUCAAACGCUAGAACUAAACAUUAGCAGCCUUCAACCAGAUACCACUUACAACAUCCAAGUGGCUGCUUUAACCAGAAAAGGAGACGGCGAUCGGAGUACUCCGGUUGAAGUGAGAACGCCUGGAGGUGUCCCCAAUCGGCCUGCGCUCACCUUAAAAAUCAUCGAAAGAGACCCGGCAGUGACAAUCGAGCUGGAAUGGUCUAGGCCUUCGCAAACCUACGGCGAACUAAAAGGCUACCGCUUGCGGUACGGAGUCAAAGACCAACUACUGAAAGAUGUCCAUUUGAAAGGUUCAGGCACUAGCUACCGAAUCAACGACUUGGAACGAGGCGUAGAAUACGAAUUCCGAGUCGCAGGCCUAAACCACAUCGGCAUAGGCCAGGAAUCCAUCAAAUAUUUACGCACCCCUGAAGGACCUCCCACAGGACCCCCUACAAAUAUAACUUAUCGCUUCCAAACCCCCGACGUGGUAUGCGUAACUUGGGACCCACCAACCAGAAACCACCGUAACGGUCAAAUAGUAAAGUACGACAUUGAGUUUCACAAAAAAUCCGAUCACAACAACGUAAUUUUCCGUAAUGUAACCAAAACCAAAGCGGUGUUUACCAACUUAGAAGAAAACACCGAAUAUGUGUUUCAUGUUAGGGCCUACACCAAUCAAGGAACCGGACCUAACAGCGAAAAGCAAACAAUUCAAACCGAAAAAGAUAUAGGCAGAGCCCCGAUGGCAGUGAAAGCAGUAGCUACUUCAGAAUCUAGCGUGGAAGUUUGGUGGGAACCUGUUCCUUCCCGUAACAAAGUCAUUGGCUAUCAAAUAUUUUACACAAUGACUGCCGUCGAGGACUUGGACGAGUGGCAACAAAAAACCGUGGGCCUAACCAACUCGGCCGAUUUAGUCAAUUUAGAAAAGUACGCACAAUACGCCAUUGCUGUAGCAGUUAGAACAAAAAACGGCUUAGGAAGACUAUCAGAAAAAGACACAGUCAAAGUAAAACCCGAAGACGUGCCCCUUAACCUGCGAGCCCACGAAGUCACUACUCACUCGAUGACCUUAUCUUGGUCGCCCCCAAUCAGGCUAAAUCCUGUCAAAUACAAAAUAUCUUUUGAUGCCAUCAAAGAGUUUGUAGACUCGCAAGGCAUUACCCAAACCCAAAACAUACCGAGAGUCGAAAUAAUUUUAAACGAUGACGUCAAAUCGCAUACGAUAAACGAGUUGAGUCCUUUUACGACAUAUAAUGUUAACGUGAGCGCCAUACCUAGCGAUGACUCGUACCGUCCUCCAACCAAAAUCACUGUCACGACGCAAAUGGCAGCUCCACAGCCAAUGGUAAAGCCCGAUUUCUAUGGGGUAGUCAACGCGGAAAUUCACGUAAUCUUACCGCAAGCCUCCGAGGAAUACGGUCCUAUCAGUCACUACUAUUUAGUGGUCGUACCCGAAGACAAAUCGACCAUACAAAAGAAUCCCGAUCAAUUUUUGACUGACGAUCUUUUGGAUAAUAUCAAGAGGGUGUCCGACGAUUCGACCUUGCCUUAUAUAGCUGCCAAAUUUCCGCAAAGGAGUAUACCGUAUACGUUUCACUUGGGCACUGGUGAGGAAAAGGAGGGACUGACGAAUUUCAAGUUGAAGCAGGGCACGAGAUAUAGGAUUUUUGUUAGAGCGGUUGUAGACACUCCUCAAAAACACCUCUACACCAGCAGUCCAUUUUCCGAAUUCCUCUCCCUGGACAUGCGUCCUCCUCCUCCAGGAGAGCCUCCGAUCAGGCCCAACCCCAACGCACCCACCGACAACGACGUGAAAGUCAGCUCGCAAAGAAAAGAAGCCACCUACCUUUGGGUCAUCGGUCCGGUGAUAGCGGCAGUCCUUCUUGCUGGUGUUGGAAGAACUGGUGUAUUUAUAACGUUGAGUAUAGUUUUGGAAAGAAUGCAAUAUGAAGGGGUGGUAGAUGUGUUCCAAACUGCCAGGAUAUUGAGGACUCAGAGGCCUGCCAUGGUACAAACAGAGGAUCAGUACCAGUUUUGUUAUCGAGCAGCUCUCGAAUAUUUAGGAUCUUUUGAUCAUUACACAAACUAAGUUGUUAAUUUGAUUGUUAAGAGGAUGCUGGCUUUAUCAAUAAAUUAAUGUGUCUGUGUAUAAAAGCCAAAUACAUAAUUUAACUUUACUUUGCAGAUUUUAUAUUAAUUUGCUUUAUACUCGAGGUCAUUUUAAUAUCUAAAAUUUUUGAUUCUAAAGACCAAUCAAUGAGCCCAAAAGAUGUCUAAAGAUAGCGAUAUUUUGCACUGUAGGUACAGCAUUCUCUUAAUAUAAUUGUUAACAGAAGAUGACAAUAACUGCCCCCAUGCAUCGUCCAGCGAGCUCUUCUGUUUUCGACUUUGCCAUCAUUGCUAGGAGGCAAAUUUGAUGGGGAAAAUUAUUAAAAAAUGCAAUCCGUUGUAAAAUGUAAAUUUAAGCAAACCGAUAAAAUUAGCAAGAAAAACGUGUGAAUUAUGUGCCUAACAUAAGGGAGAGAAUAUAUGGAAAUUGUAUAGUAAACUGCCCCUGAUGUGCACAACAAUUAUUAGCGAAUCAGUAUUUUAAAUGUUCAAUUUUUUGUAUUUUUUGUCACUUUUGUCUGUUUUUUUUUUAACAACUUUUAUGUCUUGCCUUGAUUUAUCUCAUAAUUAAGUAUAACUAAAUGUCAACAACUCUUAAUGCUGACUUUUAUAUAUUUUUUUUGUACUUUGUUAUCCAUUAACUUGGAAUAUGAUGUUUUUUGUCUUAUUUUUUUUCGGGAAAAUCCUUUUAUUAUUAAAUUGUUAACAAAUUUAUAUAUUUUUCCAAAACAAAAUAAUAAUAAAAACUUUCUCCCUCUAAACGUAUAAGUAUACAUAUCCUCCUCUAACAUUUAAAUUUGUAUCCCUGCCCUGCAUUAUAUCAUAUAUUAACUUAGAUUUUUUUUUAUAAACCAAUUAUUUACAAUGAUAAUUAUUAAUAAUUAGUUAGCGUAAAUGAAAUAUUAGUGAUACUCAAGAACAAAAACUGGUUGUAUAUAUACCGGGUUUAUAUAUUUUGACAUCCACAAGAUGUUUAUUUAAUCCAAUGGGUGGGUGUCAAAAAUUAUUAAAUCUUGGACACUUAUUAUUUUUGUCAAAAAAAAAAAAAAGAAAAUACCGUUUUCGGUAUCUAGACUGAUUUUUAUUAAUUAUUACUUAAUUUUCUGUUUGUUUAAUUAAUGUAUAAAUCAAUUCACAAAACGUUGUAGCACAUGAUGAGUAAAAGAGAUCUUGAGAAAAAUAAAAAAUAGAUUUUAAUUA